AGAGAGAGGUGGGGGGCCCUUUAGCCUGAGAUUCGCCCCCAGACCAGAGGCGGCCUCGCUUGGGGGCGGAGCGGGGCUCCCGCUCAGGUGGGUCUGAGCAGCCUCGCCUGACGGACGGAGAAGAGAACAGAUGCGCGUCGGGCGGUGCGGAUGCUGCCAAGAGGCGUUCGCCCUGCAGGCGCAAGAGAGAUGCAUGCUUUGUGUUCUUCAAGAUCCAUCCAGGAGCCGUUCGGAAACCGCGUCUCUCUCCAAGCCGCUGGUGGUCUGCCUUGAUGAGUUGUUUUUUUUAAUGCGUCCCGAACUCAAACCCCCCUCCACGAAAAACCUUUCCGCGUUUUGAAGGGUCGUUCGUCAGGUUGGAAGAGGAGGCGACGCUCUGCCCAUGCUCAGGGGCGCUCUCGUCCCGAGGUCCAGGUUGUGAGAAGCCCUUGAAAGGAAGGACUUGGAGCGUGAUUAUCUGCCUGAAUUUCAGCUUGGCAAGUUGGGUGAAAAGUCCUGAUCAAGGAGGACAAAUUGCCGGGAGAGAGAAAGUGGAUGAUGGGAUGCUAAGUCUGCGAGGCGAACGGAACAAGAAGGCACUUGCUGACGGCUAGAUAUUCAACAACGCUCAUUUGCUGCUACUGCUGUGGUCGCAUCAUCCUUCCCAGCCAUGAUAAACAGCUGACACAGCCCCUCCAGCCCAUCAGAAGCCAACUGCCCAGAGAGUCCUGGAAGUUCUUGGGAUGAACAACAACAAAAGCACCACUGAGCUGGUCAUGGAUUAUGACAAUGACACAUGGCCCAAGGACCCACUGCACCUCUUCCCUGCAUCCCUUCUCACUGGCAUCACUGUCACCUGUGUCCUCCUCUUUGUUAUUGGCAUCUUGGGCAACAUGAUGACCAUGCUGGUGGUCUCCAAGUUCCGGGACAUGAGGACGACAACCAACCUGUAUCUUUCCAGCAUGGCCUUCUCAGACCUGCUGAUCUUUCUUUGCAUGCCUCUGGAUCUUUUCCGCCUUUGGCAGUACCGGCCCUGGAACUUUGGGAAUCUUCUCUGCAAGCUAUUCCAGUUUGUCAGCGAAAGUUGUACCUAUGCCACCAUCCUCAACAUCACAGCCUUGAGUGUGGAGAGGUAUUUUGCCGUCUGCUUUCCACUCUGGGCCAAGGUGGUGAUCACCAAAGGCAAAGUUAAGCUGGUUAUUCUUGUGCUCUGGGCUGUAUCUUUUGUCAGUGCUGGCCCUAUCUUUGUCCUGGUUGGGGUUGAACAUGAAAAUGGCACCAAUCCCCUGGAGACAAAUGAGUGCCGAACCACAGAGUAUGCAAUCCAGUCAGGGCUCCUGACCAUCAUGGUGUGGACCUCAAGCAUCUUCUUUUUCCUGCCUGUAUUUUGCUUGACUGUCCUUUACAGUCUCAUUGUAAGGAAACUCUGGAGGAGGAAGAGGAAGGAUAUUGGACCCAAGACUUCCAUCAGGGACAAGUAUAACAGACAAACUGUCAAAAUGUUAGCUGUGGUGGUUUUUGCCUUUAUACUCUGCUGGUUGCCUUUUCACAUUGGCCGUUACCUGUUUUCCAAAUCCUUUGAAGCUGGAUCCUUGGAAAUAGUUGUAAUCAGCCAGUACUGCAACCUGGUAUCCUUUGUCCUCUUCUACCUGAGUGCCGCCAUUAACCCAAUCCUGUACAAUAUCAUGUCAAAGAAGUAUCGAAAAGCAGCUUACAGGCUCUUUGGAAUCAAGGUGCCAAGAAGGAAAAGACUCUUGUUGACAAAGGAAGGAGGUUCCUGUGCUUGGACAGAGUCCAGUGUCACUGCAACAUGACAGUGUUGAUGGGACACAAUCGUCACCUAAAGCCAUAACAAAAUGGAAAACAUGUUCAGGUUCAAAGGAUGUUAUGCUGUUUCUUUUCAUGAUUCAAGACAGCUGCAGUUUUGAAAUGCAGAGAAUGGCAUGGAAAUGGAAAGCAUAGGUAGUCAGAAGCAUAUUUAUGAAAGUGUCACUGCAAAAUGCUCUGCCAGUGAAAAUGUGGAAACAGGACUUGAUGUUGGAUGGGUGUGGUGAUCUAGCUUUCAUCUCAGGAUGGAGAAGAAAGAGUUGCUGUCUCAGCUGUGUAGUGUCAGCUGGGACUUAAGAGAUUGGGGGAGGCAGCACUGCAAUGAUGUUUCAUGGUUCCAUGCUCCUAACCAUAGGUUCCAUCCAUAGAGUGGGUCCCUGGAGCACAGCUGAGAAUCUGACAACAGCAACAGUGGACAACAUUUGUUCUGGGUAUUUUAACUCCCACCAGCCCUGACCAACAUGGCUAAUGAGGGAGGGAGGGUGAGUUUUGCCUGUCCCACUGCCAGCCAACUGGAAUAGUCACGGGGGUGGGGGGUGGGGUGCUGGGGUUCCCUCAGGUAGUUUUGAUGAAGGAUUUCAACAUCCAUACUUGACACCAUCCUGUUAGUAGUUGCUCAGGUCUUUAUGACUUUGAAAGCAACUGUGGGUCUGUGUCAAUAGGUCUAGGGCUCCCCACAUUCCAGAAGAUAUAGUUGGAAUAUGGUUCUCUAUAUUGGAUGAGAUGAUGGCAAGGUGGGCCUGGAGGAACUUUCUAUUCUUUAGUUGUUAUGAAGCCAUUACUAGACUUACUUGGACUCAGUGCCUCUGGAAGUGCAGGAAGACUAGUUUGGAUGUCUUGGCCAAGGUGGCUGAUGGAUCUGGAUGGUUUAUAGUUGGCUCUUUGGAUUUUAAUGACACCACCACUACCUACUGAAACCCAGAUUGACCUUUGGAAUGGGACAAAUGGUCCAGCAAUUGGAAAACCAAAUGGAAUCCAACUGAAUACAGUCUAGAAUCCACUGGAAGCUCCAUUUACAUUUGGUGUAGAUGCUGCUGAAGAAACCUUUCAUCUUUGAGAGUAUUGCAUCUGUAAAGAAUUCUUUCAAGUAGUCCAAGGGGUAUUACAAUAUGGUCCACAAUCAAGUGUAAACCGUUUAAUAGUUGUGAUCAAUUUGUUUAACAUUCAGCAGAUUCUGAAUUUAAUAAAAUGAAUGAUAGGAGUCCAGACACAGCUUGGAAGAGUUACUUAGACUACACUAUCGGGAUCUUUCAGUCGGCAUGGAUCUUUGCACACCCUCCAACUGUUCUGAUGUGGCAAGGGUAGUCCUGAUUAAUCUCCUCCUCCUCCUCCUUUUUCAGUUGCCUUUAAAAUUUCCUGGCUUCGCCUUUUCCCUCCCCUCCCCCCCUUUGCCCUCCAUUUACUUCAGUUUCAGCAAACUGAGAUCAAAUUCCAAAAAUAGUUUGCACUCAGUUAACUCAGCAGCGGAGGAGAAGAGAGGUCAUAAUCUUACCCUUCUUUGUAGUAUCAUACAAAGGCAAACUGCUGCAACCUUUACUAGCUUAUGUGUUCUUACACAUUAAUAACUUUGGCCAUCUUAACUACUCCCUAAGGUUGCUUGGUUUUCAUCUGUGAAAUGUUGGGCGAUACGUAGUUGCAGUCUAAAACAUAACUUUUCCACACUCUUAGUCCAGAAGAUGUAAUACUGCUCUCUGUUUAUGCAACUAAAAUUGAUACUUUACAAUUUAUAGAACUCAAUGAUGUGGACAAAGUCUUUGGAGAUGUGAAGCUUACCACAGUUUUACUUGACACUUUGCCUUAUCUAAUACACAAAAUCAGCCAAAGGAAGGAUGGAUAAAUGGAACUGGUGAAUGCCUUUUUGCAACAAUCUGUGGUUCCAUUGUGCCUAAAAAGAAAAGUGUUGAGGCCUCUCGUAUGGCAACUUCACUGGUUAAGAGACUUAACUGGGCAUAGUUCAAAGCACUUGUCAUGUCAGAAAAAAAAACCCCUAUGCAGUUUAGGACUAGGGUUUCUGAAGCUUGCAUACUAUAUGAGUUUGCCUCAGUCUUACACCAAAAACCCCUAGUGCAAUUCUAGACUGCAUCAAUAGAAGUGUAGUGUCAAUAUUAUGAAAAACAACAGUAUCACUCUAUUCAGUUUUGGUCAGACGUCACAUGGAAUAUUGUGUCCAGUUCUGGGCAGAACAAUUCAAGAAGGAUAUUGUCAAGCGAGAACAUGUUCAGGGAUCAAAAUGGUAAAAAGUGUGGAACUCACUGAGCUUACUGAGCUGAGUAUAUUUAGCUUGGAGAACAGAAAAUUAAGAGGGGUCAUGAUAGCCAUAUUUAAAUAUGUUUUAGGAUAUCAUUUUGAGUUUUCUGAGGCUCCAGAGACUAAGACACAAAGCAAGAGAUCCAAACUACAGGGAAAGAGAUUCCAACUAAAUAUUAGGAAGAAUUUCCCAGCAGUAAGAGCUGUUUGAUCAUGGAAUGUGCUGCCUGGGAGUGUGGUGCAGUCUUCUUCUCUGGAGGUGUUUAAAUAGAGACUGGAUGGCCAUCUGUCAGUGCUUUGUGUAUUCCUGCAUGGCAGAGGGUUGGACUUGAUGUCCCUUGGUUCCCUUCCAACGCUACGAUUCUGCGAUAAAAGACCGCUUUCUCCAGGGCUACUCUCAGACUCUGGAACUCCCUCUGCUUCCUGUAGUUCUUCUGUUGGCAAAGACUCUUUUUGAUUAUUAUUACUCAGACAGGCCUUUGGCCCGGCAGUGUCAUUAUUGUUGGAGGGAGCUUUUGAUUGGCCGGGCAAUGUUGUUUCACUUUAUUGAUGUGUUUUGAAUCUGUUUUUAAUGUUCUCAUAGCAUUUGGUUUUGAUCUAAUUUUAUCUGUUAGCCACCUUGAGUGCAAUGGGAGGAGGCAGAAAGCCAGGAUAUAAAUUUAAUAAACCAAAUUAACAACCAAAUAAAGAUAUGUGUAUGGUCAUUACCGGCAGAGUGGUAAGAAAAUAUCCUUCAGAAAAUAUUCUCCUUAUAAUGCAUGGAAUCAAGAAACUUCAA